AUGGGUCUCACAGUCAAAGCAACCAUCGCCUCCUUCGGCGGCAAGCUCUUCAAGCUCUCCCACCCGUCCUCCUCCACCGGCACCGAAAUGGCCGUGAACCUUUACCUGCCUCCCCAAGCCCUCAAGUCUUCCCAAACUAAAAAGGUGCCCGUCCUGAUCUACCUCUCCGGCCUAACCUGCAGCCCCGAGAACUGUUCCGAAAAGGGGUUUUUCCAGCACGGCGCCUCCAAGCGCGGCCUGGCCGUCGUAUACCCGGACACCUCCCCCCGCGGCCUCAACCUCCCCGGCGAGAAGGACAGCUGGGAUUUCGGCGAAGGAGCCGGGUUUUAUGUGGAUGCCACGCGGGAGCCGUUUUCCAAGGGGUACAAGAUGGACACGUACAUCACGCAGGAACUCCCCCAAGUGCUAUUCGGGCAGGACUCGGAGUUUGGCAAGUACCUGGAUGCCGAGCGGGUGAGCAUCACGGGCCACAGCAUGGGCGGUCACGGCGCGCUUAGCUUGUACCUGAAGAACCCGGGCCUGUACAAGAGCGCGAGCGCGUUUGCGCCGAUUGCGAACCCGUGCGAGUGCGCGUGGGGGAAGAAGGCGUUUGGAGGGUAUCUGGGUGAAGACGACAAGGCAAAGGAGGAGGAGUGGAAGAAGCAUGAUGCGACGGAGCUGAUCAGGGGGGAGAAGUGGAGGGGGAACAAGGAUGCGAGGGUGUUGGUUGAUGUUGGUACUGGGGAUAAUUUUUAUAAGCAGGGGCAGUUGUUGCCGGAGAAUUUUGAGAAGGCGGCUAAGGAGGCUGGAGUGGAGGGGGUGACGGUUAGGUAUCAGGAGGACUACGACCACUCGUACUACUUCAUGGCGUCGUUCAGUGACGACCAUAUUGACCAUGCGGCCAAGUACCUUGGCCUUCUCUAA